AGAUGAAAAUUUCAUGGAGGCUGUUGAUUCUUCAAACAGAAUUUUCCUCGAAAGACACGGUCUUCUGUAAAUUUUCAGACUCGAUUUCCAUUCCUUGCCUCCUAAGGAGUAUAAAAUUUUGAUGUUUAUUGAUUGUCGUUGUAUUCGAAAUUUUUUGAAAGUAAAGAUUUUUCGUUUUUAGAAUGGAAAAGCAGCAGGAACAAGAAUGGGCGGAGGCGCAGAAGAUUGCCGUGACCGUAGACCUGGUGGCAGCAGCCAAACAGCAGCUUCGAUUUCUAGCGGAGGUCGAUCGGAAUCGCUACCUCUACGACGGUGCCGGAUUGGACCGCGCCAUUCAGAGAUACAAAUACUGUUGGCUCCCAUUGCUUGCUAAACACAUCGAGGCUCCUGAGGUGGAAGGACUAUCUUUGGUCGUGCCGCUUGAUUGUGAAUGGAUUUGGCACUGUCAUCGGCUCAAUCCGAUUCGGUAUAAGAAUGAUUGCAAGGAACUUUAUGGGAGAAUUCUUGACAACAAGAAUGUCCUAUCUUCUACACAGGCAACUUGUAGCAAGCAAAGUGAAGAAAUUUGGAGGACUAUGUACCCUGAUGAGCCAUACGAACUCAAUAUGAGUAGCCACUCUCCGGAGAAAGCAGAAAAUAUUUCAGAAGCUCCAAAGAGCAUCAAUUAUGAUUUGGUUUCAGCUGUCAAGAGGCAAGCUCCUUUCUUUUAUCAGGUAUCGAGAUCACACAUGAAUGAUCAUCUUUUUCUUGAAGAAGCUGCAGCGCGAUAUAAGGGGUUUUUGCAUUUAAUCAAGAGAAACUGGGAAAGGUCUGUGAGAAGAUUCUGUGUUCCAACAUAUGACAUUGACCUUAUCUGGCAUUCUCAUCAAUUAAAUCCAGAUUCUUACUGUAAAGAUCUAGUGGCAGCAUUAGGCAAGGUUUUAGAGCAUGAUGACACGGAUUCUGAUAGAACCCAGGGUAAGAAGCUAGAUAAUGGGUUUUCUGGAACUACCGAGCAAUGGGAGGAGACAUUUGGUUUGAGGUACUGGCGAGUAGGCGCCAUGUACAGAGGCAAUUCUCCAUCUCCUCUGCCAAUCAAUUUGAGUCAACUAGAGACUGAGAGCAAGACGGUAGUUCCAUCAUCCAAUGAGUAUCACAAUUCAAUUCAGCUUCAGAGGAAAAUGAUCGUGGAGAUUAUGCUGGAGAUUGUGGGUGUCAGGGACCUACCACACGGGCACAAGGGAAGCCUCUUUGUCACACUACAUAAGAAAGGGGACACAUUUUUCAACACGAAGAGAAGAUUAAGCAUUUUCUCUGAGACUAGACGGAAAUGGGUAACUCUUUUCCAAUGUGAACCUACUGGGGAACUGGUCUUUGAACUAAUCUCGCAGAGACCUGCAUUAGCCAUAGCCAAGCAUGCCAAAACGUUGGGAACAACUACAAUCUCUCUAAAGGACCUAGUCAACCCAGUUUCACAACUUUCAGUGGAAAAAUGGUUUAGUCUGGAGUCCAAGUCUGGAUUUUCCAGUUCCAAGCCUAUUGGUAUGCGUAUUGCUUUGUCUUUCACUCCUCCCAGACCGGCACCAUACCAACUGCACAUGGUUCAGAGAGGUCCAUUCUCAAAUUCUUGCUUCUUUCCUUUCCCUGGAAAGUUUCUGCAUCUCAGAAGUUCACGCAUUGUGGACGAGACUGACAGUGAGAUCAUCACUAUGCAGAUGAGGGACUCCUUGAAAAUGGAGGCAAGAAGAGAUCUCCCUGCAAAAAAGGAAGUGAUUGGUGUGCCUACAUCCGGCAAAAAGCUGGUGCUUGCGGAAUCUUCUGGACCAGGACGGUUUUUGAUUAACUCUAACUGGUUGUUUCAGGUUCACAAGAAAUUUAGUGAAGAUGGCUAUGCAUUUGAGCUUCAAGGUAGUAGAAAGGUGAUUGUUUUUCCUGGUAGGAAGCUAGAGUAUGAAAUUAAUAACAAGAAGAAGCAGAAAGGAAAACAACAUUUCAUGACGGCUGUUGAAUUCUCACCAGAAAAUCCUUAUGGAAAAGCUGUGGCAUUGCUCAACUUGAAGUCUGGAUUUAUAAAGAUCGAUGAAGAAUCACUAGUGCUGCCCAUGAUUGUAUUGGUCUUUAUACUAUCUAAUUGUUCAAGCAAGGCGGGAGAUGAACCAUAUGGUGGUCUAACUACAAAGGCAGAUAAUUUAUGAGAAAUGAAUGGCACUUUAAAGAGGUCAUGCAAACAGCUAUGGCAAUGGGGACGAGAGCUAAGCAGAUGGCAUAGGAAAAGGCUAUGGAUGUAAAUGAGAUUGCUGCACAAGUUACUAUUUCAUUAAAAUUAACUAAGUCUGUCAGGUUAAAACUCUGUAUAUAGAAGUCAUGUAAAGGAGACUGUGUUGGAGGGUGUAGCUGGAGCAAUUGUGAUUUUGGCUACAAAGCUACCAAUGAGUAUCCAGACCAUAUUGUUUUUAUCACACUUUCUGGAAACAAAAUAUCAAUAUGUUUUCACUCCAAUCUUUCUGUGCAAAAUAUUGCAAAAAUGGACAUCAUUGUUUACCUUGAGAAUUCCAAGAUCCA